AGCGAGAACACCAAUAUUCUAUCAAACGUCCGAGUGUGAGAUGGUUCUAAAGAUGUCGAAGCGAGGUUGAAUGGGGCGCCUCCCUGUGCAGAAGUGAAUCGGCGAUCGCGCUCCAGGCCAGGAUGAAAACCUGAUCUGCGGCCACGCUGGGAGGCUUGGUACAGUCUUAGUCAUAUGUGGAACGUACAUCGAAAGUAAGGAAGAAGAGGUUAAGAAGAUGUUAGACCCUCGAUUAUGCGAGGUGUCAAACACCCUGGCGGUGCCUUCCUUCCGGAGGUACUCUGGGACGUAAGAGAGGGAAUUUCGAAAACAUUAUUGGAAUUUCAAACCGUUUGUGAGCCUUCAGGGCGGGGUUUACUGAGUGCGUUAUUCCGCCAUAACGUUUAUCGAGAGUAUCAGCCAUCGUUUGCUGUUGCUCACCCAAAUCGUCGAUACAAAGCCUCGUUACGAUGUCCCUCAGCUACCGUCGACCAUCAACGUCUUCAAUACCAACAACAACCUACUCGCGCGUCAACAUCCCGUCCCGAGGUCCUGGCUCGAAGGAAACAAGGAAUAAGCAUAUCGUGCAAGCUGAAAACCGACGUCCCCAACCGUCGAUCGAUCACGCAAACAGUCCCUAUACUCACGAGCAUGUUAUGUUACACAUUCCCAAUCAGACCCACACUACCUCGUCUAUUUGGAAGUAGUACAUAACGUUGAAUGAGCGAGAUCUGAGAUCACUCUGCACCGCACUCCGGAGUUAUUAGACCCCCACCUGCCGUACACGUAGCUGUAGGGAAGAGUGCGUGCAAGUAUCAUCAGGAAGCUAUUCGAUUAGGCAAA